GACCUCACAUUUGAAAAGAUUCUGUAUCUACUGUAGACAUGUGGAUGACUGUGGAUUUUCGCUGCAUGUUAUCACUAUUUGCUAAUUAUAUUGCUGAAUUCUGUGCUGAAGUCUUGCUGACUAAUGAAAGAGGGGAUGAUUGUAACCAAUGUCAUGAAAUAGCCAGUAUGGCAUGCUGCUUGAGCUUUCAUAAAUUCAUGUUGUCUUUCACUUCAGUCAGUUAUUUGUAAUUUUACUAUUUCACAGCUAUCCAAGGGUUUGUUGCUGUCAGUUCUCUCAUGUAUACCUUUGGAGAAGCUCUCGGGUACUGCCGCACACAUCACACAGAUAUUGCCAGCCCAUUAAAUGUAACACAGAACAAUGAGUUACAGCAGUUGGCGAUGCACCAGGGCACUUCUUGGAUUGGCCUAUAUAGGUGGACUUGGAUAUGGUCGGAUUGGUCUACACCGACAACUCUCCGGUGGGCGCCUGGCUUUCCAAAUAAUGUUGAUCACAAUGACAACUGUGCUUCAGCUAAUAACAGCUUGAUAGUGGAUAGACCAUGCGACAGCCAAUUCUAUUUCUUCUGCCACAAAAAGUAUAUACAGAGAACUCAAAUACUGAAACUGAAGAUUAAAGGAGACAAGAGUGUGUUUGAUCCUGCUGUUCAGUCAGCCAUUUUAAAGCAGCUCACACUGAAACUGAAUGAACAUGGCCUAUCGAGGGAAACACAUGUGUCCUGGAAGGUGCAACAAGAUGGAAGCAUCUUUUACAAGGAAAGCAAAGAUGACCUGUAAACAAAACUAUUAUAUACUUCUCAGCCUAUAACUUUAAAAUUCUGUGUCAAGUUCUGUUGUGGGACAUUUUUGUGUAAGGGGUCCAUAUAUUAAAUUCAAUUUUAAUGAAAUUUUAUUUGCAUAGACAUUUUAACAACAGGGCAAAAUCGAGAAGUAGAUUAAUACUUAGGUCUACGAUCAUGUUAAGAUGAAGCAGACUCAUAAAGGAACCAUAUAAAACACAGCAACACAACUACAAUAUACGUACUACAAAAAUUACAUUGUUAGGGCCAAGCAUCAGAGUUCAAGCCAUGAAUGUUUUGAACCUUGUGCUGGAUGUUUUCAUCAGAACUUUAGUUGGGGAAUUACUUCAUAUCAAUGGAAAUUAAGUGUCCGACUGGAAAAGAGUUGCUGUUCCUCAAUUGAUAGUUAACUUGAAAGCAUAUGAACAAGGGCAUUCAAAUUAAAAGGACACAAAGUACAAAAUAUAGAUUUUUUUUUACUACAUCUAUAUAUAUAUGUAUAUAUCUAUAUCUACACCUAUAUAUAUCUAUAUUUAUAUCUAUAUAUAUCUAUAUAUCUACAGUCAUGGGCAAAAGUUUGCAAUCACUAUAUAUUUGUUCAUGAAAGUUCAGUUGCUCUUUUGACUGUGGCGACAACAGUGGACUGCGCCACGUUCAGUUUUUUUGUCAAUUUCCCUACUAGACAUCUGCUGUUUGUGCAAAAUGAAGAUUUGUGCAUGCUUCUCUGACGACAAUUCCUUUCCUCGAACCAUGAUCAAAUCUGCAAACAAGAAAGCGAUAACAGAGAGUCAUUAAAAGCAGUAUUCAGCGUGCACGUGCAGUACCCACAUCAAUGUUUGUCAAUUAUCGCUCAUUACAACAAAAUUACAACAGCAUAUCAAAUUGCAAGAUCAGUAAAACAAAAAGAAAUCACCAGAGACCAACUCACCUUGCAAGCUUUGUUACAGCGAAAAACUAUAAAUUAUUAUUUAAAAAAACACAACUUCACAACUUUUCACUACCACGCAAUAUUUGGUGAAAGAAGCACAAACUGACACAAAAUAGCCCAAUAGCUAGCCCAAACAGAGCUAAACAUAAUUAACUGUGAAAAAUUGCAUGAAAUUGUUGGUGAUCGCAAACUUUUG